AAACAGCGGCUCACCAUAGUGGACAGCUAAUUUAGAGAUGAGGUGCAAUAUUAUAUAGUUAGUGAGGUGGCAACUCGAAAAUACGUUAUUAAAACUCAUUUAGAAUUAUUAUUGUAGUUGCUGAAUACAGCGAAUCAAAAUUAGAACAAACUGUUGUUGCUUUGCAUAAAAGAGCAUGUCACAAUUUUAUAAGAUAGAAAUCAACAGAACAGAAUGGGAGGUACCAGAACGUUACCAAAUGCUCACACCCGUAGGUUCGGGUGCUUAUGGUCAAGUUUGUUCAGCUGUCGACACAACUACUGGGCAAAAAGUAGCAAUUAAAAAAUUAGCUAGGCCAUUUCAAUCAGCUGUGCAUGCAAAACGCACAUACAGGGAACUUCGUAUGCUGAAACAUAUGAAUCAUGAGAAUGUAAUAGGACUGUUAGAUGUUUUUCAUCCUUCUUCAUCUUUAGAGGAUUUUCAAAAUGUAUACUUAGUCACACAUCUAAUGGGAGCUGAUUUGAAUAAUAUUGUGAGAACACAAAAACUUUCUGAUGAUCAUGUUCAAUUUCUUGUCUAUCAAAUACUUCGUGGCUUGAAAUAUAUUCAUUCUGCUGGAAUUAUACAUAGGGAUUUGAAGCCAUCUAAUAUAGCUGUUAAUGAGGAUUGUGAAUUAAAAAUACUGGACUUUGGCUUGGCCAGGCCCACAGAACACGAGAUGACUGGCUAUGUUGCCACUAGGUGGUAUCGAGCACCUGAAAUCAUGCUUAAUUGGAUGCAUUAUAAUCAGACAGUUGACAUUUGGUCAGUUGGAUGUAUCAUGGCAGAACUGUUAACUGGAAGGACAUUAUUUCCCGGAACAGAUCCAGAUAUUGAUCAUCUAACACGUGUCUUAGUACUUUGUGGUACACCCACAGAAGAAACAUUAAGCAAAAUUACUAGUCAAGAGGCAAGGAAUUAUAUUCAAAGUUUACCACCAUUGAAGAAAAAGAAUUUUAAAGAUGUAUUUCGAGGAGCUAAUCCUUUAGCAAUUAAUUUGUUGGAAUUGAUGUUGGAAUUGGAUGCUGAAAAGAGAAUUACUGCAGAACAAGCUUUAGCACAUCCGUAUCUAGCACAAUAUGCAGAUCCAACUGACGAACCAAUUUCUCUACCAUAUGAUCAAAGUUUUGAAGAUAUGGAUCUACCAGUGGAGAAGUGGAAGGAACUCGUAUACCAUGAAGUUGUAAACUUUACUCCACAGCAACCAUCUACCUUGCCUUCGACUUUAGAAACGACUUCGUAAGAUUAUAUUUAUAAUGUAAUCUGCAAAUCAUCGCAUGUAAUAUGUUAUAUAACAUAUUGAUCAAUACUAAUGUAAUCUCUUUCAAAUGCAGAUAUUUACACUCGAGAUGGUCUGAAGUAUAUAUACUUUGGACGCUAUUUAUAUAACAAUUGAUCGACGGACUGCGUAAAAACACAGGUCAUAUUAAAGUAAAUAGAUGUACACACUUCGAUACUAGUUACCGGUGUAUAAGUAAAAAAAUAAAGGGUACAUAUUUUGUCUUAAAAAUAAUAAAUAAAAAUAAACAUAAAAUUAA